AGGAAAUAUUUAUAUAUUUCUGUCUCUUUUACGCGUAUUGAGAAAUAGUUAAAUGAAUGGUGAACGAGUGAAACAGAGAUAUUAUUCAAGUGGAAAUUAUUGAAAGCGGGCCCAGGCCAGUCGCUAUGUAGAAUUUUUUUGAUGUGGGUGUUGUGUCGCGGGACGUCAAACGCUUCAAUGAUUAUUAUUUUCAAGUGGACCUUAAUUUUUGUCUAAAUCGUCAUCUAAUUGUACGUUUUGUGGUGUUUCAUAGUGUUUUAUGAAUAUAUUCCUUUGUGAUCGUGAAUAAUAUAAUCUGGUGACGGCAGAUAAUAAACUGGAGGGGGGCUGCUAAAAUACUACGACAGGAUAGUAACAACGUUUUACAACUCGAGAGGUGCUCGGACUAGCUCGGAUCGCUCAUAAAAUCCUCAUAACAGUGCGGACUAGUUGGACUUCCAUUUUGUUAUAAUAUGCGGUUAGGCUGUUUACACGGUGCGUCGUGUUUAAGACAAUGGAAAGCGACGGCAGUGGCGGAGCGCGGCAUGAGUGAUCAGUGGUAGCGGGUGGCGGUGAUGCAGCGAGCUCACGCGGGCGGCGCCCCGCAACCGCAGCCCCCAGCCCCCGCCACAGCCGCCCCCGCCCCCGCCGCGCCACCACCCUCUCACACUCACUAUCGUUCACACACACUGUACGCUGAUAUUGACGAUCAGAUACCAGCGUCGGUGAUAAGUAGCGUCGGCAGCACUGUGAGCCUUUCGCAAUCCACCACAAAUCCAACCCCUAAUAUAACGAUGGCGAACCCCACGAAUCCAGGCCACGGUAGCAGCGGGAAUGCGCCGCAGCCAGUCAGUCAACAAACACCUACUCAGGCGCCGGUGCGCAACUUGCCCAAGAAACGGAAGUUUGAUCCUUCCGAACUAGAGGAGAUUGAGCGAAAUUGCAUGAACAACAUUGCAGUGACCGCUCCGCUGCCUGUGGAAUACCAACAGCAGAAUACACAACCUAUAUUGCAGCCAUCUCCUAUAGUUCAACAACCUUCACCGCCUACAGAAGUCAAACAGUUUUCAAUCCAUUAUCCGAAUAUAGACCUUUCUGAGUGGCGGGACCAUAGGGUGUUGGCGAAGCAGCGCGGGCUGUAUAUACCGGGCGUCAUUCGACAAGCGGAAGGAUGCAAGGUGACCGUGGAGUUUGAUGGGCAAGAGAACGAACCCGUCGAGUACAGUGAUAUAUUCGGGAAGAACAAAUACGAUGUGAUUAGUGAUGCGAGCCCUCAAGUGAUACACUUGUUAGUUGGCUCCGCGUGUGUGGUGAGGACUAUGGACUCGAGUCGGGAAAGUGUGCAAAAUGUAUUUGUUGAAGGACUAGUUUUUGAAGUGCUUAGUUCACCUAUCAGGAUAAGAGUCAAGCAGGUGACAGACGGUGAGAUAUGCAACGAGAUGGUGGAGGUGAAACGAGCGGACAUCAGGCUGCUGCAGCCGCCGUGGGCCGACGAGCUGGAGGAUGCCGGCUCACAUCCGGUCACGAUGGCCGGUCACAACCUGAACGUGCAACACGUGCACGUGCCGUCUGUGCCAUUUCAAAUAGGCGACGGUCCAUUCUACACAUCGUCACCGAUGCCCGGUACCGGGCAGGUGGUCACCGUCGGCGCUUCCUCCAACGGUUCCAUGGAUUACGGCGAGAGUGACGAUGACCUUCGGCGGGAGGACAUUAUGUUCCCCAAUGACUCGCAGAUGGAUUGCAGUAAUAGCAAACGUAGCAGCUUGCAAAGCCGUGGCAGCACAUCCAGUCUCAUCGAGCGCAGUCUCACACCAAGAUCUCAACCCCCUACUCCCAGAUCUCAAGCGGCGACCCCGCAUAAGUAUAAGAAGGGCGACGUGGUCUCUACGCCAACGGGCAUCCGUAAGAAGUUCAACGGCAAGCAAUGGCGGCGCCUGUGUUCCAAGGACGGCUGCACGAAGGAGAGUCAGCGGCGGGGUUUCUGUUCCCGGCACUUGUCGCUGCGUGGAGUGCCCCGCUCCUCCAACACUCCGCUCGCCCAGGGCUCCACGCAUACCUCGCACCAGAGCGGCAAUUGUUCCAGAAGCAGCAGCAAGUCGCUGUCGUCGAGCGGCACGGGCGUGGAGGGCGACGAGACAUCGCGCGAGUCGGACACCACGCCGCCUCACUACCGGGUCACGGGCCGCUUCGACCCCGACGAGACAGAGGCUGCCAAUAUGCUCGUGUCGCUGGGCAGCUCGCGGUCGGGAAGCCCGGGCGCGUCGCCGGUGGGCGGCGGGUCGCCCGGGCUGCGCAACAACGUGUUCGUGCCCAUCUCGAGCCCGCAGCCGCAGCCGCAGCCGCAGCCGCCGCACCCGCUGGCGCACCCGCACCCGCACCCGCACCCGCACGCGCACGCGCCCGCGCACCACGCGCACCACGCGCACCACGCGCCGCACGCGCACGCGCACCACGCGCACGCCGCCCACGCCGCCACGCUCAACCACCACCAUCUCAUCAGGCCAGAAUUAGUACGACCAAGUAGAGUGAGUUCCCCAGUUAGUGGUGUAGCCACUAGCGUCAUCAGGGUCUCACCGGCCCCUUAUUAUCAGGUAUUUAAACUACACAAAAACCCAAAACGCAUAAUUAUUACAUAUAACAAUAACAACAAUAAAAUAUUCUUUCAGACUGAAAAUCGCAAUGGAUCUUCAACACUCCACAACAACACCCAGUCUAAUGUAAUCGGCGUUCAAAGUUCAGGUUUGAAUAUUCAGAGCACCGCACAAUCCGGUCUCAGUGUACCCUAUUCAACUACGUUACAGUCUUUGCCGUCGAGUAUAUCCCUCAAUUUAAAUACUAUAAAUACAAGCUUACAAACGAGUGUUGCGAAUACGAUACGCAGCACAAGUAAUGAAAUCCCCCAUAAUUUAAUCAUCCAGAGAGGCAUUCCUUCGUCAAACGGGAUAGAUGUAGAGCAGAUAUAUCGCCAGCAACCGCUACACAUCCGUAAUGGGAUCCACGAAUACCGACGCGAGGAAGUAUCGCCCCCAUUGAAUAACCAUGAGAAUUUUUUAAAUAGAAGAGUCUCGGAGUACGAUGAGGAUUCGAUUCCUCAGCGAGAGAACACCAUACAUCGCAUCGUUAUAGAACAGCGGCCGCCGGAGUUAUCCGAGACUCGAGUGAUGGAAGACAACAAGAUAAUAAAGCCGGCGCCGCUCCAGGCACGCGUCCUAUCGCUUGUGGAUCCGGACGCGAAGGACCAGAGAAAAAUUUAUGUAAUACCCCAGAAUAUUGAAAAGAAAUUUGUGCUGAUAAAAAACGAACCAGCGGACACUAUUCAGAUAGAGCAGAAGAUGAGUCAAAUAGCUCAACAAAUAAACAACAAUGAAUCAGAACCGGAACACAGGGUGCUAGACAAUGGAGAUCACAUAAACAAUGUGAACAGUAGCGCUGUUAUAGUGCAUCCCAGUCAGUUACUACCUGUAUUGCCGCCGCCCACUUCGCACACAGCUAUUAUUGUGUCAACAAGCGGUGUGGCAGGCAGCGUAUUCCCGUGGCAGUCGCUGGUGCCGCUGUUAGGGGGUUCCCCGCCGGCAGCGCCGCCUUCGCCCCGCACGCCGCGUACGCCGCGCACGCCGCACACGCCGCAUACGCCGCAUACACCACACACUCCACAUACACCACACACUCCGCACACGCCCCAUAUAAAGUCGGAGGACCAAAUCAAGACUGAGAAUACAGGUGACACAGCGCCACCUAUCUGUGCGGAGGAGGACGACGAUGUGUUCGAGAGCGAAGAGCCGAGCAGCGGCUGUGACGAGACGAAGCGUCGUUCUCAUAGUCUCUCCUCGCUCAACUCCCCUGCUUCUGCGCAUGAGAAGAAGGAGCGACGCAUACGGCGUCCGAUGAACGCAUUCAUGAUAUUCUCGAAGCGUCACCGCCAGAUAGUGCACCAGAUGCACCCCAACCAGGACAACCGGACCGUCAGUAAAAUCCUCGGCGAGUGGUGGUAUUCCCUCAAGCCUGAGGAGAAGCAGAAGUACAAUGAGCUCGCCAGCGAGGUGAAGGAAGCUCACUUCAAAGCUCAUCCUCAGUGGAAAUGGUGCAACAAGGAUCGUCGAAAAUCAUCCAGUAGUAGGGACCCAACUGGUUCCAUGCCUCAGAGUCCACGUACGCCGUCGGAGGUGGCUGCCGGCGGCGGCGCGGCGCCGGGCGGCAGCGACGUUCCGGUGCCGGUGGCUGCCUACGCUCAUGCCGGCUCGCCGCCGCUCAGUGACGACGAUCAGCUCAUGCCCCAAACUCUAUGCGACGAGCCAAUUCCGCCACCUCAAAAUGUGGAGAUUGAUCUGAAAUGUGGCGAAAAAGUGACCGAUUCGGACUCUGAGGGGCACGACGCUCGUGAAUAUUUGCCCCACCAUGAUCACACCAGAAGACCAAAGCCGAUUAAAGCCAGGGCUGGCUCGUCUGACAAUCUUCUCGGAGGCAUCACGGCAUCGAGUCCCGGUGGCUCUAAGGUGUUCCAGCCGACUGGCGGCGCCUUCAAGUCCACCCACGCUGACAAUGGUGAAAACCAUAGACAAUGGACGGCGUUCACAACAGUAAACAAAACAAGUUUACCGAGUCAAGUGCCGAGUUCGCCGCACCCCUCACAAUCGAUCGCGGCCAGCACUCAGAGUUUAACGAAUAGCGUCCAAGGGAUAUCUCUUAGCACUCCUAAUCUAGCUACUCAAGCGGCUUUAGACAACGCUAUAGCGUCGAUAAUGAACUCCCCGACUUCGUCUAGUGGUGUGCAAGUUAUAUCGAGUGGAGUGUCGAUACCGAGUCAAUCGAUCGCUCAGACGCCGACGUCGACCGCCUUGAGCAACGCUUUGUUGAAGAGUGUUACGUUGGUGAAGAGGAAUCUUGGCGAUAACGCCACAGGCCCACUAACACUAUCGUUGGACGCGUCCGGGAACCUGCUGAUAAAAGCGAGCCAGGCCAGCGAGCCACCCGUCACGGUCGCCGCCGAGCCGCAGCAGUUGCACUACGUACAGCUACAGCGCGUGUUCGUGCCUGCGUACAGCGCUGCCGCUGAGAUAGACGCGAACAAGACCCACAAUAGCCAAACUGCUCAAAGCGCGCAAUCUGUGAUAGUAUCGCAAAGUAACAAUCACACCGUGCCUAAGACGACCACGCAAUGGGAGACUCAGGAAGAGGAGACGCGGCCAUUCCCGCUAGCACCGACGCCAGCGCAGCUUGGACGCGCACCGCUACAGAAACGACUUAGCAGAGGUACGUCGACUGGAUCGACUGGCAGCAACGAGCCGACCGUGCCGCGCACCGAGAGCGGCCCGACCACGCCGCUAGACGCGCCCGAGCCGCAGUCGCCGAAGCACACUGAUAACCUGCCCAGUCCUUCCCUCAAAAAGAGCCUCUUCAAGAAGGGGAAUGAGGACGGACGUGAUAAAGUUCUAGAGACGGUGAAUUUCGAACAGAAGUUCAGUACUCUUCCGCAGUUUAAACCGGAGGCGUGCAGCCCCAGCGCGAUGGUGGUGCCCCGGAGUCCGCAGUUGUAUUUGAGAAAAAAGCAUAAUAAGAUCGGGAUGGACGAAGAGGGCACUGUGGUGACUGCACAGCUAGAAUCAGAGGUGAUAAACGGCAACGGAAUGCCGACCCCCCACUCGUACGGCACCCCCCACACUACCACUAAGCUGGUGGGGAACACGUUCUUUGGCCCGGAUUUCAAUCUCGACUCGUAUAGAGCCUCGGAGAGUAUGGAGGAGAUGUCGCCGCGGACGCCGUGCUCGGGCAGCGCGGGCGCGGGGGGCGGCGCGGGGGCCGCGGGGGGCGGCGCGCGCGGCGAGGCGGGCCACCGCCGCGUGCUCGAGCAGCGCCGCCAGCUCGUGCUCAAGCUGUUCCAGGACCACGGCAUGUUCCCCUCCACGCAGGCCACCACGCAGUUCCAGGCGACGUAUAUGGAUAUAUUCCCUACAAAAAUGUCCUUGCAACUGAAGAUUCGCGAGGUGCGACAGAAGUUGAUGGCGCAGUUGAAUCUCACGCCACACUCCGAAGUCAACACGCCUACAAAUGUGAACUCCCCGAUAGUGACGUCGACUGCUAGUUAGCGAUGCGGAUACACCAUCUCCAUUGUGGUGCAAGAGUAACGUUUUCACAUGUUUAGCUGUUCACGUGUUGGAUAAUAAUUAUAAAUUGUUUUAUUUUUUCCCGAAAUUUUGUUUGUAUCAAGGUGCUAUUACAGACAGACAUUAUUAUUGGCUUUAUCGAAAAUAGAAUUAAUUCAAGUUCAGUUACAAUUUACAAAGAAUAUUGUUUUAAACUUAUAUCGCAGUGGUUUACAAUUUUACGCAUUUCAUAAACGAGAUGUUUCGUGAUCAUAUCUUUAUGUAUUCUGAAUCAUUUGGCGCUAUCACCAGCCGACAUGUGAUCAGGAUGCUUGUAAAAGCAUUGAAACAUUGUGAUCUCACUAAGAUCUCGUUCAUAAAAUGUGUGAAGUUAUAAAUAACAAUUUAAAUUACCAUUCAAAAUGUUGACAUCCUGUCAAUGUUUUUAUGUCACAUGGCAUGUAGACAGAGAAAAUCUUCAAUUAUGUAAUUUAUUUGAUCCAUAAUUAUAUGUUAAAUUUUAGAAACGAAAUAUAAAAGUGCAGUCUGUAUGUGCAGACUCCACUUGAAUAUAUUUGAAUACUAUUUUAUAUUGAAAGAAUUGUUCGAAAUCCUUUAACAGCUUUAUGGCGUAGUCCUUUUAAGAGCUAGUAUGUACGGGUGGUAUUUGCCACAAAUGAAAUUGUCAUGUGGUAAUAUGCGCGUAUUUUCAUCGUUACCAUGGACUUUGUAAAAUUAGGUGGACUUAAUGCCAACAAAGUUAAUAAAGUAAUAACAUACGAGAACUUUAAAGUGCAAUGAACAAUAUAUAUAUAUAUAUGUAUAUAUAUAUAAAUAUUACCCGUAAGUUCUAGCUCUUAGAUAGCAGUAUUAUUAUAUGACUUGUUACAUAAAGCUUAUCAACGUUCGCAGUUUAUAUGUCUGUCUGUCUGCACAGGUUAUACCAUAAUUUCUGAAUAGUUUCCAUAGCGAUAUUUGUUUCAGCGAUUUUAUUAUUAAGUUUUGUAACCCCAUAAACACGCUAUAUUCUAUUAUAAAUGUAACGAGAUUGAUUUACGUGUAAUUGUAGAAAGUUGGACUUGUUAACUUUCGAGAUCUUUACUAACGCUGGCCAAUUUGUGCUUCUCUAAUUAUAGAGCUUAUGUUUUGAUUUUACAUUGAUUGACGAUGAUAUGAUUAUUUUUCAUUGCAGAUAAGUAACACUUAAUUUUUUUUGUUAUGCAACUUUGAAUGGCAAACAAGCUGAUGAUCCUAUAAUAAACAUACGUAAAUGAAUUUGUUAAAUUUAUAAUCAUAAUUUAGUUGAGCAUAGACAAAAGAAUGAGUGAACGAUAACGAUGUUUUGUUUGUUGUUUUUGGUUGUUAUUAAUUGAAACAUUGGAAUUAAGGUUACCGCACUAUCAACGGCUAAAUUUGUGAGAAAACAUUUUGCAUGUAUUCAAUGAAAUCCAAUGGAGUUGUAUGAGUAUGUAGGUACGAUUUGUUUUUGUUUUGGGUCGGUUUUGUUAGACAUGUUUGAGUAAGUUAUGUAAACAUGUACUGCAUUGUUCUGUGUAAUUAGACCCAUUGUGCAUUUAAAAAGUACGUUAACGUGAUUAUUAUAUCAUAAUCGUUUUUAAUAAGAAAAAAUAACAAAAAAAAAAAUGUUUAAAACGAUUGAUAUACGAUUAGUUAUGGUGCGUGUGUACGCGGUUCAUGUAAAUUUCAACAAUGUAGGUUAUAAUUGCCAAAUGAGUUAUUAACAAAACGGAUUUAUUAUUUUAUAUAAUUUAUAUAUAAAUCGCUACUACAAAAUUUAAACGAUAUAAAAGUAGGUUGACUUGGCUUGGCUGUGGUCAAAGUGGACUCUUAAACUCAACACUCUAUUUAUUCCUUAUUUAUUCAUAUUAAUUUAGCUUUUUUUAACAAUACGCCAGUUUUUUUUUUAAUAUAUUAAGUUUAUUAUUCCAUAACCACGUUUUGUUCGAAGUUGAGAAGGUUACUGCUAAAAGAAUGGUAGUGUUGCCAUUUGCCUUUAAUCAUGCUUUUUAAUCCAUGGCAGCACGUACUGAUAAACACAAUAAUAUAUGUAAUAUUACUUAAUAUGUUCAUUUUACAUUUUAACGCCAUAUCAAGGUAAUUUACGAUUCGAGAGUUAAAAGAAAAAAUAUGAAAAAAAAAAUGUAUCAUUCAAAUUGUAUUACUCGUAGCUAUAUUACACAUAUUCACUCGUGCAUAACAUUAUCCCACUUUGUGAGAUUCAAAUCUUUACCAGACGUGAGGAUAUUAUCCAUUAUGCUUUUAUACAUUAUGUUUAUUGAUCAUCACAUCAUCAUUGUGUUUAUUUCAUCAUAUUAGAGCACUUGAUUCACAUGGGCACGAUCUCAAUACAUUUAUUUGUAUAAUCUUUAUAUAAGUCCUUUGGUUGAUGUGAAUGUAUAUUAAGGUUGUAUAUUGUUGCAAUAUUUACUUUAUAACGUGUACGUCCAUACUUACGAGCGUAAGUAAUAUUUUAUUUACAUUAUUAAAUUAGUUGCUUGCCUUAGCUGUUACAUUACGGGGCAUUGCAAUUACAUCAUAUAACCUUGUUAGUGUGAUUGUAAUAUGUGAGAUUUAUAAAGGUGCAAACAAAUAGGAUCGCGGUAAAUAUUUCUCUAACAAAUUUAUUUUCAUAAUUCCUUAAGAAACUGCAUUUAUAUUAAAAAAUGCAUACAUAACGUAUUGCAAUUUUUAUAAAGAAACGAAACCCCUUAAAUAAUGAAUAUAACACGCAUAUAAAAGACGCUAUGUAAUUAUCGCGUCCACAUUUCAAUGCGUAGAUAUAAUUUGCAUUCACGUAAGAUAUAGAACGAUGAGACGACGAAAUAUUUUGGUGCGUACAUUAUUAUUUAAGAUUAUUUUGUAUCGUUUUCUAUUUAUGUUGUGAUGUUGGUCUUCCACGUGAUUAAAAUUUUCAUUUUUUUAUUAGAUAAAUAUCUACUUAUUUAAUUAUUUCUAUGUACAGUGAUUUACUUUAAGUAAUGUGGAGUGAUUUUUGAAUUAAUUUUGGAUGCCAUGUUUGAUAGAAUAAGAUAUCGGAGUACCACAGAUUAUAGAAAUUUUAAAUGAUAAUAGCAUCUUUCUAAAGUCGAUAUCUUGGUACUAGUUUUCUAUCCGUAUGUGACGUAGUAAUCAUUCGAUACAUAACGACAUUGUUAUAAAACAGCUCAAAUCAUUAUCGACACUAGAUAAAUCAAUAUUUAUACAUAAUAAUAAUCUCAUUGUAAAUAUUAGAUUUACUUUAUGCUAGUGCUAAGAGUUCCCGGCUCUCAAAGUAAUUAAGUUUUUAUUUAGAUAAUACUAUUAAUAAAAAAAAUGGUUAUAUAUAAUAAUUUAUACUUAAAAGGUUCGGCCAAUACAAAUGUUAUGUAUAUCAAAAUUGUAUUUUUUAAAUGAUCUCUUCGGCGUUAAUAGUAUUUAGAUAAUUGCUUUAGGAGUCCGGAAGUGAAAUGAAUUUAUUAAAAGUAUAAAUGUAAGAGAUAUUUUCGCACUGUUGAAUAUAUUCUUGAUAGUCGCGUAGUUGAUUUGUCACCGAGUCUGGGACCGUCUAUUUGUGUCUUUACUCGGACAUUAGUUUGCCUUUGAAAUGGUUACAAAAUGACCUUCGUCGUCUUGAGACUCUGUGCCCAAUCUCCGCGUAGUCAAUUUUGUCCAUAAUAUCAUAAUUAUUAUCAUCAUACAUACAUAGAGCUGUUGUUACCAGUUAGUCAUAACGUAAACAGGUCUCACACGUAAUAACCUAACUUGAUAUUUUUCUGUAACAUGCAAAUAAUGUGGAGAAAGUAAAUUUCUGACCUAUUAUUACAGAAGACUAUCCGUUUAGCACAGUGCAUCUAUCAAAUCUCAGUUACAUAUCUAAUUUUCAAUUAUUCUAUGUGUAUUUCAAAUUUGAAAAAGAAUUGCUCCUACAUUCUAGAUCCAAUGCACGACUAUAGAUUUUCAUAUCCAAACAAUAGGAAUUUAUUUAAAUAUUGUCUACCUUUAGAGACGUGCGGACUAUAUUCUUAGCACGUAUCCGCAUUUUUACAAGUACUAGUGACUUUAUUACCAUCAGGGAUUUAUCCAUUUGAAACGUAAUUUAAUCAGUUUUAUUCGCAGUUAAUUUUAUCGUUGUUAACUUUGAUGAUUUGACAGUUAUUUAAUGUUUUAAUGAAAUAAUAUUAACAAUCUAAUCUCCACGCUAGAAUUGACUUUGCACUUUAAGUCUUAUAAUUUACUCAUUAAAGGUUUUGUUGCAAUAUCACCUAAUGUAGCCCUUAAACGUUUUAUUUCAUUAUAUACGAUUGCAGUGGUUUGUACAGAAUGUUUCCAUUUGUUUUAAUACUGUCCAGUUCUUUGUUUGUUGCUUGUUGAAUCAUAACAGUUGGAGAUAUGUUGGUUUUAGAGUGAAUGUCUUUUCAGUGUGUUAUAGUAAUAACAAAUAUGAAACAAACCUUAAUGAAAAUAAUAAGCUGCAUAUUACUAGUGCCUUAUUGACUUUCAAAACUUAGUGUUUGCUGUUAGAAAUAAGAAAUUAUUCUUUUAUACAUGUCUCAUUUCAUUUGCUCUCAUUAUUUCCGUUACUAGGCGUUGUCAGUCAAUAAACAAUGGAUAAUAGGCAGUUUGUUUUAUUAGACUGAAUUAAAUAUGUUGCAUAUAACAAGUUAUAAUGUUAUAUAUAUUAAGAAAUAUUAGCGAAAUAGUGAUUACUUCAAAAGGACAUUUUAAAUAAAGCAUUUCAUAUUCGUUAUUUAUUUCUUCUAUAUAAGGCAUUAGUCUAAUUGUUUAGUCAAAAUGGCGUAACUGUAAAUAUCUUGUUUAGAAGUUUUAUUUAGGUUUAAGUGUUCAAUUUAAUGUAUAUUAGAUUGAAUUAGACAAAAGAAUCAUCAGAGAAAAAAAUGGUAAUCACGUUUACAUAAGUGAGUUUUUUAAAUUGUUUAUGAAUCCAACUAAUGGACCAAAUAAAUGGCACUUUUAACUUAGACAUUGUAAUCGACAAAACUAAAACAGACAUUGUGAGCAGGUAUCAGUACUGUAAACCAACCCAUAGCAUUGUGGACAGUUUGUUCAAGCAUAUUGGAUCAUUGUAUGAACUUAUGUUAAAACAUAAAAACCACGAAAACAA